UCGAACGUUUAUGGUGGGCGUUAAAAAGUUGAGAGUUUUACCAGCAAUUGGAUGGGAAUUUGUAGUAUUUUGGGGGUAAGAGGGAAUAAAAAACCAGAAAUUCGUGCAGUUAUGUCGUUUCGGUGGCUACGAUAGUGGAAGAUCGGGCUGAAUCGAGGGGGAGGUGAAAAGUGGAGCCGCCGUCAUGAGUUGGCACGUGGUUUUAGCUGCGCUCGUAGUGGCUGGAGUAUGCGAGGGAGCGAUUUGGGGCCCUGGAAGGGACGAGGACCGUUGCGAAGCUGCCAUCAAAGAAACCAUCCGAGAAGAUCGCGCGACAAUCGUCGACGAGACACCCAACAGACUACACUCAACUUGGUUAUCUCAAGAAUGCGAAGUUCGUGCUGGCCCCGAGUACGUUAUUAGAAAAUACACUUUUUUUGAGAACGGCACAUUUCUGCUUUUGCGUCACUAUUAUGCCGAGGAAUCCUGCAGCGUUGCCAUGUACACCGUCGCAGCACGCGGAGUCAUUCGAGUUUUAUCGAACUCGAAUGUCGCGCCUGGUGCGAGCGAUGCGAGGUUUCAAUUGGACAGAGUUCACAUCGUUCCUCUCACUCGGCAGGUGGCUCAAAAGUACAGUCAUCGGGUGAACUUUUCUUGCACGCCGCAGCCUCGGUGGAGGCCGUACGUGCCGCAACUGAUCUACGAGCAGCCCUCGAGAAGAUUUUCCAACUUCUUGUGGCAAGGUCCAAAGUACAACACUUUGCAGCCCCGACAUUAUCAAGCGUCGAAGAAGCACCGGGGCAUCGACUGCCUCGAGGCUCUGGGCAUCGAGUUCGGUGAGCUGAGGCUCGUGAGAGUUCAGAAAAGGACUUCGAUCAUCAACGCGUUUGACCUCGGCUCGAGCGAUAUACCGAGGAUCGAGCUUUACCUCGGUAGUUUGCCGCCGAACGUUUAUUCGAGGAAGACGCACAAAUCGACGUCGCUACAGCCGACGGCUUUGCUCCGAGCCGAUACCGUCAAAGGCUGUUUGGUUUGCGGUGCGAUAUCCCGCGGGACCGAAAGCAGUCCGCCGUUGCUCCACGAGGUGGCCGCGCUCCCGGCCCUCCUCGGUGGGUCCUGGUUGAGUUCGAGCUGCGAGAGUUGCGAGGGUGGCCUCUGGAUAAAGAGGCAGCUCGAGGUCUACGCCGGAGACAGUUUGUGGACGGGUCGUUGGGAUUAUUACAGCGAUCCGAGAUGCGCGGUGUUCUUGUACGCGGUCACAGCAGCAGGGAGCUACAUCCAGCGUCCAGGACGUCAAAGGCGUCACGGCGAAGAGUCCCCCGGGCCAGAGACGUUCGAGCAUUUCAUCGGCGACGACGAUGCCCGAGGAGCCUCCUCCGUUCGAGCGGGCCAAUCAACCGCGAGCUUCGUCGAGAGGCCCAGACGCUUCGCGGAUGACAAAACGCCCGUCGAGGCUUCGCAGCGGCGUGACGAAACGGAGAAACGGAGCAGCGACGACGACUACAGAUCGAAGAAAACACUUGCCGAAUGGAUGACGCCGGAGCUGGCCCGUAACUUAUUCGAGAUUUAUGGCUCGAAGAAAGAAAUGAGCGGGGCCAUGUUGCCGAGCGCUGAAGAGUUGGACGAGGCCAUAGGCACUUUGGCGGCUGACGGGCCCGUCGAUAACUCGGAGAAAGUCGGUUCGAGCGAUCGCCCAAACAAGACCACUUCGGAGUCCCAUUUUGCGAGUUCCAACAAUGAAGAAUCUUCUGAAAAUUCGAGAAACGCUCAAGAUCCCUCGGCAACGAGUCCGACCCCGCCGUCUUCCACCGGAGAGCGCAAGUCCCGAAGGAGUCUAGAGAGCGAAGACUCCUACCGACACUUGUUACAAAACGCCAAACCUUCCAUGGCCGACGCGUUCGCCGCGAUGUUGCGCGGAAAUCAGCGACGCGAGGAGACCACGAGGAAGCCCAUGACCUCGUCCAUCCCCGCGGGAACGACCGAGCUCGAUCUCCACGUCGCCGAGAGCCUUCUCGUCGCCGGUGAUCUUGCCAUCGCUGCGAGAUGCGGCGCACAAAUUUACGGCGACGAUCGUGAGCUCGGGAACCGCGGACUGAGGGUCAGACCCCUCGUCAAUUGGCCUAGAAGUUGUGUCAAACAUGCUCUCGAAGCCCCGUCCACUCUUGGACUCCGAGCUCGGGUCGGCGUCAACUGGAGCGGCCAGUACACUCUCCUCCUCGGACCGAGGGACGAUCACCUCUGGGAAGCUCCUCUCCAUCAAUGCGGCCCCACGCCUUCGCACAACCCGGCCCUUCGAGCCCAUCUCCGAAGGAGCGUCGGCAUCCGUUACGGACUUUAUACCUCGGCUGCUGCUCGAUUUUCCGAUUACUACGGAAAAUCAUUCAUCGUCCAACAAUCAGUGAUGCUGCUUUGCUAUCUUUUGUACCGAUAAAAAGAAGGUUUUGCAGCUUUUUGUCGGCUGAUCGCGAGCCUGUGUCGUUGAACGCUUAUUAGAGACUUGAAAAUCGACGCGAAGUUUCGUGCGCCUCUAACGUUUGCGUUCAAAAUGCCACUCGAAAUGAAAAUUUAUCGGUUUUUUAUCUCGCACGAAAAAAAUAUCGUGACGCUCGUUUCACGGGUGCGAUUUUCUGGAUUUUGAUCGGGGUGCCUUUUUCGUGAAACGAACGACUCUUCAACGCGAAUUCGCACGAACUUUCGAAGAUUUAUCACGCGACUUAAGUUUUGAUAAGGCGUGUGCCUUCGACUGCUGCCUUCGAAUGACUCGAAAUUAUGCUAUCACGAGACCAACGAACGGUCGAAGAUAGCAUAAUUUGUCGUGACUAAUCGUUUAACUGUGACAAAAUAUUCAAUGAAUUUUGACAGUUUUGCUUUGACUGUUUCGUAAUCGUAGGUUUGUUGCGUUUUUUAAUAUGAAAUAACACAAAUUAUGAUCUCCUUCGGAAUUGAUACUCAAAUUUGUUCUCGGUUUGUGCCAAAGUCUUGUAAAUACUCUUUAAUUAAGGUGUAAAUAUGUGGAUAAUUCGCUUAGGACGAACUUUAGUUUUAGUUGCGGAUCAGCCUCAAAUUGGACUGUCCAGGGACGCAUUUCAACCAGUGAAUUUUAUGUUCGACAUGAAACUUCCUCUUUCGAGAGCAAGUCUCGAAAAUGCACGUGAAAUUUUAGAUUCUCGACUAGUUUUAUUCGCGUUUUAGUUUUUUUUAAGUCUGGCCCUUAAUUGCGGCUACGGGAUGAAAAGCCCAGUGAAUUUGCAUUAAGGAGGGUGGAUAGCGACGAUACAACGUUGCCAUGCUAAACCAUGUUAAAUACAUUAAAAAUUUCAAAAUGAUAUGAAUUUAAUAAAAUUUGGUGAACGUAUUCUUUACUGCUAAAUUUGA